AUGGUCUGCGGACUGCUUCUCGAGAUGCUCGGUUACAUUGCCAAAGUGCAGCUCGCGCACAGCCGAACCAACAAGAACGCAUACAUCAUGUAUAAAAGGUACAUUAUCGGCCUGACGCUCGGCCCUACGUUUCUUUCCUCGUCGCUCUAUCUCGGCAUCGGCGGCCUGCAACGGCGAUACCAAAAGGCGCGCUUCGGGGGCAUCGGCCCGCGCUGGUUCGCCAGCCUCUUUAUCCUCGGGGACUUUGCGUGCCUCUGCUUCAUCGGCUGCGGCGGGUCGCUGGCCGCCAUCUUCGCGGAGAGCCCGGUCGGCGUGGACCUGAUGAUUGCGGGCUUGGCGACGCAGGUGCUGUGCACCGCCGUCUUUUGUCUGCUGCUCUUCUUCAUAUACCGACGCGUCGGCUGGCCGCUGAACCGAACAGACAAGCGCUGGUAUCUCGUUGGUGAGUUGCCCUUCUUUUCUUGUUUCGCGGGGCGGGAGGAAGACCCGGGCUCACAUGCGUGGACAGGCGCGGCUGUGGCAGCGGGUUGCUUGUUCGUCAGAUCUUGCUGGCGAGUGGCCGAGCUGAGCGACGGAUUCAACGGUCGACUGGCCUCGGAAGAGGGCGCUUUUAUUGCAUUGGAUAGUGUCCCUAUGGUCAUCAUGUCGUUUUGUCUAACGCUACUGCAUCCGCAAUACUGGUUUGGGAGAGGCGGGAACGCCGAUGUCGUCACUUACAAGGCAUAG